GAUCUUUUACAAAUCUGAAAUUCUUAUUAUGCUAUUCGAUUAUAGAUCUGUAAUUCGUCGGUCAACGGACUUUCAUCUCGUUUUCCAAAGCGCAUCCCGAUGUUGGAAGAGGAAGAGCUUGAAUCAAGCAAUGAAUCUGGUCAGAUAGGGUUGGAUGCUCCCAAACUCAUCCUCGAGCCGAGCCAUCAGAAAGCAAUCUGGAACAAGAAGUUCGCCUUGCUCCGGUCAUCAGAGAGCGUGGUCGACUCCAUUGACCGCUGGAUUUCCUUGACUGCAUGCAAGUACAGCGAUGGGAAGUUCUACCCAUCGCUGUUAAAGCCUUGGUGCAACAUUAACACAAGGCAGAACAACCUUGCCCAGCGAUGGGAAACCUAUCCCAUCGAUGGGUACCCAGCGAUGACCGAGGACAAAUUUGAUGCCAAGGACAUCAAAAAGGUGGAGAACUACGCCAAGGCAAUCAACAUGUUGUACUGUGCGGUCAAUCCUGAUGAUUAUCGCAAGAUCUCUUGCUGCACCACUGCAAAAGAAAUGUGGGACAAGCUAGAAGUCACGUAUGAAGGUACGGACCAAGUUCGGGAAGCCAAAAUUGACUUCCUAACGCAGGAGUACGAGAUGUUCAGGAUGAAGGAAGGCGAAAAGAUCGAUGACAUGUUCGAUCGGUUCUCAAAGAUCAUCAACGACCUUCACGCUCUCAAGAAGACGUACGCCAACAAGGAUCUUGUGAGGAAAAUCCUGCGGAGUCUCACACCCGAAUGGAGAUCAAAGGCUGACGCAAUUUACGAAUCCAUCGGAGUCUCCAAUGUCACCAUCGACGGGCUAAGAGGUAACCUCAAAACUUAUGAAUCUAAUAUUCUAACCCCAUCUUUGGAUGAACAAAAGAAGAAGGGAAUAGCACUGAAAGCAACCAAGGAGACCGUGGAAGAAGACUCAAGCGAUGAUGACAACGAGUUCGGACUCGUCAUCAAGAAAUUCCACAAAUUUAUGAAGAAGGAAUUUGAGCGCAAAGGAAGAAAGCACGACGGUCCCCCGAAGUGCUAUGGCUGUGGUGAGAUAGGCCACAUCAAGCCGAGGUGUCCAAAAGGCAAAAGCGGCAAGGACAAACCUGGCUUCAAAAAGCAACGCGCCUACAUCUCAUGGGCUGGCGACUCCGGGGAUGAGUCAACGGAUCAAGAAGAGGAAGAAGCCGCCAACCUCUGUCUCAUGGCACACGAAGACCACGUCGACGAAGUACAAGAGCUAUGUACCCCUUCUUCCGACUCUUACACUUUUGAAGAGAUGCAAGAAGCUCUUCGAGAGCUUUAUGAUGAAUUUGAAUGCUUGAAGGCGUCAAGUGUACUUUGGUACCUUGAUAGCGGAUGCUGCAAGCACAUGACCGGAGAUGCAUCCAAGUUCCUACAAAUCAAACCCGCCAAAGGAGGAAACGUAGUCUUUGGAGAUAGUAGCAAGGGAAAAAUUAUCGGCAUCGGUUCAGUAGAUAAUCCUCGCUUGGCGAGAAAGGAUAUUUGGGAUGAUCUUGCAGAUUCAUUAGAGAGAAUACACGUUGAUGACGAUGAAGAGAACACGGGAAUAUACACCAACACGCAGCCGCAAACUGAGGAGAUACCUCAAGCGACUAACCAAGGUGGAGAAGAAAAUCAAGAGGAAGAAGAAGAACAAGAGAAACACGAAGAAGAAGCAACCGAGCUUCCCGUCGCAUGGAGAACAAACAAGAAUCAUCCGCUUGACCAGGGACGGUUCAAGGUGAAGGAAUCCGGAAGUCAGGGGGAACCAUCGAUGGGUGGGCUAUACCAUCGCUGGGAGGGAAGUCUUCUCUUUUCCAGAACCCCUCUUCCCAUCAAAGGGUACCUUCUCCCAUCGAUGGGAAAAUCUAAGAGCAAGGCCUCCAAGAAGAAGACCGACAUCGAAGCAACGUCCUCUGCGCCCCAGCCAUUUCCAUACCUGGAUGGAUCCUUCCUCGAAUUUGGCUCGGAAGAAGAACUUACUCGAUUCAUCACCCACUUCGCCAAACGCCGUAUCUCUCCGCCAAGGGUGCUGCCCGAGUUGUUCCCUCAACAGAAGGGAUACCACGACCUCGACGAUCAACUCAAGGAGUCGGGUUUGUGGCCCUUCGUCUCCAAGAGCCGCACCUCCUUCAACCCCGCCUAUGUCCGGGCCUUAUACUCCAAUCUCCACCGGGACGGGGAUACCAUUCGCAGUAGCAUCAAUCUCUACGACUUAGAGUUUGAUUUGGCUACCUUUGCUCGGGUUGCAGGGCUGCCCACGCGCGGUGAAGACAUCGCGACAUAUGGUGGCGAUGAUUGGAUUCUCAACAACGAGGCGGUGGUCAUCCAAGAGCUUGGAAUCACCAACCUCAUCCGUCACAGCGGCGCACCAACCAUCCACUCAGCCCCGCCGGAAAAGCGUCUCCUACUCUACAUCCUCACCCGGAUUCUUCGCCCCCGGGACAGUAGCCACACCUCUCUCUCCAACAAGGAUCCCAAGGCGGUUCAUGCUAUCAUCCAUGGCGCCUCGAUCAAUUGGGCAAAAUACGUCAUGAUUCACAUGGUGGAUUGCGCCUCCAUCACCACCGAGCGGAGCUUGCCAUACGCCUUCCUCGUCAUGGAUCUCAUUGUUGCCUCCGACAUCCACAUCGCCAGCCCGGACACGAAGAUGACGAAGAUUUGGAUCAUCCAAGACAGCACCUUCCGGAAGAAGUCCGGUGACAGAAUCGGCGCAGGACCCAGUCGGGCUCCUGCCCCCGCUCCCGCCAAGGCCUCCUUACAGUCCAUAGCCGAUACCCUGAAUCGGCUAACCAUCACCGUGGAUGGCAUGGGCCAGUACCUAGAGAGGAUGGACUGGACGCUGCAACGCCAACACCACGACAUGAGGGCAUUCUUCUGCGGCAUCAACUACGUCCCGCCGCCCUUUGACACCACCUUCCUCGGCCAGAACUAUGAAGGCGAGGACGAGGAGGACAACUCCUAUGCUCCGUCCUCCUCCCUCGACAAAGCCGACUUUGAGGAUGCGGUCGACGGGGAUUUCAUGGACGUCGAGGACGACGAGGAUGACGAGGACGCCGAUGCCUAGACUCUUUCUUCUCUCCUUUCUCUACUUUGAUUGCAUGUUUUUUUAUCUCAAUUCCGUUGUAUUCCGCAUUUUCUCCUCUUUUAAUGAAUAAAAGUUCACGUU